CCGUUUCCCCCCACGCAGCGGCUCACUCUGAAGGAGGUGUUUGAGGAUGGGAAGCCCCGGCUCGACGUCCUCAAGAGCCACUUGGUGAAGGAAGGGCGCCUGGAAGAGGACGCGGACGGCGCCGCCAUCCUCAGGCACGAGAAGACGAUGAUUGAAGUGGAGGCUCCCAUCACAGUGUGCGGUGACAUUCACGGGCAGUUCUUUGACCUGAUGAAGCUGUUCGAAGUUGGAGGAUCACCCAGCAACACCCGCUACCUCUUCCUGGGGGACUACGUGGACAGAGGCUACUUCAGUAUAGAGUGCGUGCUAUAUUUAUGGAGUUUAAAGAUAAAUCACCCCAAAACGUUGUUCCUCCUUCGAGGGAACCAUGAGUGCAGGCACCUCACAGAAUACUUCACCUUUAACUGGGGCUGGGAGGACACCUGGAGUCUAGAGGUGCAGAAGGAAGGUCGAAUCAAGUAUUCGGAGCGAGUGUAUGAUGCGUGUAUGGAUACAUUUGACUGUCUUCCUCUUGCUGCCCUCUUAAACCAGCAAUUUCUGUGUGUCCAUGGAGGACUGUCUCCAGAAAUCACAUGUCUAGAUGACAUUAGGAAAUUAGACAGGUUUAAGGAGCCUCCAGCCUUUGGUCCCAUGUGUGACCUGCUCUGGUCCGAUCCAUCAGAGGAUUACGGCAACGAGAAGACGCUGGAGCAUUUUGCCCACAACACGGUUCGAGGCUGCUCCUAUUUCUACAGUUACCCUGCAGUUUGUGAGUUCUUGCAGAACAAUAGUUUGUUAUCCGUUAUCCGAGCUCACGAGGCGCAGGAUGCCGGGUACCGAAUGUACAGGAAGAGCCAGACAACGGGCUUUCCAUCAUUAAUCACAAUCUUCUCUGCACCAAAUUACCUAGAUGUCUAUAACAACAAGGCUGCUGUACUGAAAUACGAAAACAACGUCAUGAACAUCAGGCAGUUCAACUGCUCCCCCCACCCCUACUGGCUCCCAAACUUCAUGGAUGUCUUCACAUGGUCUUUGCCUUUUGUAGGGGAAAAGGUCACAGAAAUGCUGGUCAACAUCCUCAACAUCUGCUCCGAUGACGAGUUGAUCUCGGAUGGUGAUGAGACUUUGGAAGAUCACUACAUUUCAAGCUAUCAGAAAGGUGGGACAACGGUCCGUAAAGAGAUCAUCAGGAACAAGAUCAGAGCCAUUGGGAAGAUGGCACGUGUCUUCUCGGUCCUUCGGGAGGAGAGCGAGAGCGUGCUGACCCUCAAGGGCCUGACUCCCACGGGGACGCUGCCCCUGGGAGUGCUCUCCGGGGGGAGGCAGACCCUGCAGACCGCCACAGUAGAAGCGGUAGAGGCACGGGAAG